GUGGGAGUGAAGCGCCUCCUGUGUUAUUUCCCCUCCUCUCCAUCCUUUUACGCCGAACCAGAACCAUUCAUCUCUCCCCUCCUUCAGGCUUCACAUCCGGGUCAUCCGCCAGUAUCUGUCUCUUGCGUCUGUGUGUCUGACAGUGUAAUAAUUAUUUCAUCCGUGCUACAGCCGUGCUGUACCGCAGCCCUCUGCCCGACUGCGCGGCUCGCCGAGCGGACACUGCGCCUGGCGUGCACCGGUGAUGAUGAUGGAGCCACGGGCGAUGUAAAGCUGCAGCCGCUCGCACAAAGGCAGGGAUGAGACGGUAGGAGGCUUUUGUAUGGGCCAGCCCGCGGUGAUAAACUCGCCCUAACGAUGUCUAAGAGCCUCAAGAAGAAAAACCACUGGACCAACAAAGUCCACGAAGCGGUGAUAACCCGGGGGAAGGAAGGGGAGCUGGGGUUCGAGCUGAAGGGAGGCGCGGAAAACGGCCAGUUCCCAUACUUCGGUGAGGUGAAGCAGGGGAAGGGACUGAUCCAGAGCGGCAAACUGGCCCAGGAUGAGCUGCUACUGGAGGUCAACGACAUGCCAGUGGCCGGGCUCACCACCCGGGACGUGCUGGCCGUGAUCAAACACUGCAAAGACCCGGUCCGCUUCAAAUGUGUCAAACAAGGGGGGGUGGUUGACAAGGAUUUGCGGCACUACCUCAACCUGCGCUUCUCCAAGGGCUCAGUGGACCACGACCACCAGCAGAUCAUCAGAGACAACCUCUACCUCCGCACUGUUCCCUGUACAACCAGGCAGCCUAAGGAGGGGGAGGUGCCAGGGGUGGACUACAAUUUUGUGAGCGUGGAGCGUUUUAUGGAACUGGAGCAAAGUGGAGCCCUGUUAGAGAGUGGAACCUAUGAAGAUAACUUCUACGGUACGCCCAAACCUCCAGCGGAGCCGUCCCCCGCAGCCCCUCCUCUGAAUGUGAGUGAAGCCCUGCUGCCCGGAGCCCGGCCCAGUGCCCAGGGCAAGAGGAAGAGGAACCAGUCCGUCAGCAACAUGGAGCAGCGUGCCAGCCUCGAGCCGCCCGAGGAGGAGGAAGAGGAGAGCCCAGUGGUCAAUGGAAAUGGAGUGGCCAUCACACCAGAGUCCAGUGAACAUGAGGACAAGAGCACAGAUGCCUCUGGGGAGGUUGCUGUUGAAGUGUCCAGCCAGGCCCCAGCCUCUGUUGAGCCCACCACCGAAGGAGAGGAGCCCCCGAAAUCUCCCUCUAAAUCCCCCACCAAAGUCCCAGAUGUAGAUGAGGAAGAGCUGGGCCCUUUGCCUGACAACUGGGAGAUGGCCUACACUGAAAAGGGGGAGGUCUAUUUCAUAGAUCACAACACCAAAACUACAUCAUGGCUCGAUCCUCGACUUGCAAAGAAAGCGAAGCCGCCAGAGGAAUGCCGAGAAGACGAGCUGCCCUAUGGCUGGGAGAAGAUAGAUGACCCCAUCUACGGCAGCUACUAUGUAGAUCACAUCAAUCGAAGGACUCAGUUUGAGAACCCGGUCCUGGAAGCGAAGAGACGUCUGGAGCAGCAGCGGCAGAUGCAGAGCCAGGGACUCUCGGCUCUGCCACUACCCACUAUAUACAGAGAGAAGCCAUUGUUUACGCGGGACCCGACCCAGUUAAAGGGCAACUUCCUGUCAACAGCCCUGCAAAAGAGCAACAUGGGCUUUGGUUUCACGAUCAUAGGAGGCGACGAGCCCGAUGAGUUUCUGCAAGUGAAGAGUGUGAUACCGGAUGGACCCGCCGCUCAGGACGGAAAGAUGGACACAGGUGACGUUAUCGUCUAUAUCAACGACAUCUGUGUGCUCGGCACCACACACGCUGACGUAGUGAAGCUGUUUCAGUCCGUACCCAUUGGUCAGAGUGUGACCCUGGUGCUGUGUCGAGGCUACCCUCUGCCCUUUGACCCUGAGGAUCCGAGUGGGGCGGCGAGCACCUCUCUGACACCUAUCGGCUUGGAGCACCGCCCCUUGGUUGUGAACGGCCGCAGCAGCUAUGACCCAUACCUGGAGUAUCUGUCUCUGAGCUCCCAGCUGCCCCCUCAGGCUCUGGCCCAGGCUGGAGCCCCUCACCCCGGAGACACGCAUCUGGACGGCUCAUCUUUACCACCCACCACACCUGGGUCAGCCUCGGCGCUUACACCUCAUGAGGACAACGUGUCCAUGGCUUCUUCUGGGACUGCAGCUGUUGCCGGGGUAACAGCACAAGCAGCAGAGCUGCUGACAGUUACCAUGGUGAAAGGGGCGGAAGGAUUUGGGUUCACUAUUGCCGACAGUCCCACUGGGCAGCGAGUGAAACAGGUGCUGGAUCCAGGUUCACAGGGAGCCUCAGGGCUGAUAGAAGGAGACCUGAUCCUGGAGGUCAACCAGCAGCCGGUUGCUGCAGCCGGACAUGGACGCGUGGUGGAGAUGCUCAAAGAAUGUCCUGUGGGGGCUGAGGCUACGCUGCUCAUACAGAGAGGAGGAACAGGUCACAUCUCUCCAUGGAAGGCAUCCAAACAGUUGCCAGACCAGUGGGACCAACAUGGAAGCCCUCAGACAAACCUGUCUGGUCCGGUUCUGCCACCCGGCACACCGUUCCCAAACCAGCCACAGCACCGCACGUCUGUGCCCGACUCCACUGAGGGCUUCGAUCUUAACAAGCCUGAUCCGUAUGACCUUUACGAAAAGUCGAGGGCUAUUUAUGAAAGCAGACGUCCAGAGUAUGAAGAGGUGGAGGUGCACCUCCUGAGAGAGAAGACUGGAUUUGGCUUCCGCAUCCUGGGGGGAGACGAGGCCGUGCAGGCUGUGAGUCCGGACGCCCGUGACAAGAUUGUUAUUGGCGCUAUAAUAGAGAACACUCCCGCUGAGCGUGACGGGCGGCUUCGACCUGGGGAUGAGCUCAUUUCUGUGGAUAAAAAUGUGGUUGCUGGGAAACCGCACAAAUACGUAAUAGACUUGAUGCACGCUGCUGCUCGAAAUGGUCAAGUCAGCUUGACUGUGAGAAGGAGAGUGCAAAUGCCUGGUGAACCGUGUCCUGUGAACGGACGCAGCCCGGGAUCGGUGUCCACACAACACAGCUCUCCACGUAGCGAUGCAGCCUCAGCUUCAGGCCCUCAGGCGGUGGCCAUCCCAUCCGCCACCUCUCCUCCUGAGGCAUCCACCCUGCAGACCAGUGAUGUGGUCAUUCACCGCAAAGAGAACGAGGGCUUUGGAUUUGUCAUCAUCAGCUCCUUGAACAGACCAGAGAACGCCACCGUCAUCACUGUGCCCCAUAAAAUAGGACGGAUAAUCGAGGGCAGCCCUGCAGACCGUUGUGGGAAGCUGAAGGUGGGCGACCGCAUUUUGGCUGUAAAUGGACAGUCCAUCAUCAGCAUGCCACAUGCAGACAUUGUCAAGCUCAUUAAAGAUGCUGGGCUAACAGUUACACUGCACAUCAUACCCGAGGAGGGUUCUCAUUCUGGGCCAAGCUCAGAGAAGCAGAGCCCCAUGACCCAGAAACACAGCCCCCAGACCCAGCCCAGCCCUGUAGCCCAGCCAAGCCAAGGAGCCAUCCAGCCCGGCCAAACAGCUCCUCAGCCAGGCCAAAUGGCUUCUCAGACAGGCCAAACACCUACCCAGCCCAGCCAGACACCAGCUCAGCCCAGCCAAGUGUCAGGCCCUCCUGCACCAGCAGCCUCUCAGCCUGCACCAGCUGGAACCCAACAGAGCCCCAUCACCCAGGCAUCUGGCCCCCCUCCACAGCUCUACCUCCAUGAUGGCAGGUCAGAGGUUAAAGCAAGACAGGAUGUCAAACCUGACUUCCGCCAUCCGCCAUUUACUGAUUACAGGCAACCCCCAGUAGACUAUCGCCACCCACCGGUGACUGAUUAUCGACAGCCCCCAACGCUGGACUACCGACACCCACCUGGUCUGCUGGACUUUAGGCAGCACCCUGCAGCUGCACAGUUUCCUUUGGGGAUCCCUGCAGACUUUAGACCACAGGACUUCGACUACUUCACAGUGGAGCUGGAGAAAAGUGCAAAGGGUUUCGGCUUCAGCAUUCGAGGAGGUAGAGAGUACAAGAUGGACCUAUUUGUGCUACGCCUUGCAGAGGACGGUCCUGCUAUACGCAAUGGAAGGAUGAGGGUAGGGGAUCAGAUCAUAGAGAUAAACGGGGACAGCACACGGGACAUGACUCACGCCCGCGCUAUCGAACUCAUCAAGGCGGGAGGCCGUCGGGUCAGGCUGCUGCUAAAGAGAGGCACAGGACAGGUGCCAGAAUAUGACUGUGCCAGCCCCUGGGAUUCCCUUUCUUCAACCAACUCUGCCCUGCAGGAAGUGACCCUCGAACCCCACCCGAAUCCAUUGCUCUCAUCCCAUACAGCCUCUGUCCCAGACUCCCCUCAUCAGCUCCCUCUAGAGGCCACAGUGUGCAUGGCAGACAAACCUCCACAGCUGACAGACCACAGCUCCAUUAGAGGGGCUUCAGGUGGCAGGUCCACCCAGCAGAAGAGCAUCAUCAGGGGACAGGGAACCCCACAGGGGUCUGGAGAGGCGGACUGUGGACCAAGUGACAGACAGCCUCGGGUUUUACCUCCUAAAGCUGUCCAUGGGAGGUCUGCUGAGAGAAGAGACAGGCAGAGGGAGACUUGCUCCCCCUGCUGUGAGAGAAAGGGCCUGCACACACCGGCAGUGAGCACUGUCUGGCCCUGGGACCCAUAUGUGAGUGUCAAUUUGAAUGGAGCCUCUCUAGGCAGUGGAGACGGACAUGUCAGCCUCCAGGAGAGGCUGGUGUCCAGAGGUCUGUUUCCUAGAGAAGAUGAGAGAGCCAGUGGCCACAGUGGGCUCUGCUGCCCCUCCAAAACCCUGGAAGAUCCUCCUGCUAGGAGCACAGCUGCCUCCCCAAGGCCCUGGAACGUCCCUGGGUCAGAUAAACUGCCUGGUACACUGAGGUCUUGGACCUCCACAGUAAGCAGGUAGAAUGGAUCUGAUUGGUUUGGACUGGAUCACACUGUCUGGCUCCUCAUUUGGUUCAUCAUGGGAUGUUCCUGAAAAUCCUUGUUACCUUCCCUCUCCUUUGUCCUGUUUUUGUCUCCAUCUCCUUCUCAUAUUAUAUGUUUUAUUUGUUUUUACAAGAGGAUUAUUACACCCACCACCUUAAAAACAGAGAAAACUUUCACAGCUAUUGUAACAUAGUGUAUCACCUGAUGGAGACUACACAGGCAUUUCAGACCCUCAGAUUCAACACUUUAUGUUCUGAUGGAAAAUCUGAAUGGAGCUGUGCUUUUGUCAUGUACCUUUAACUGCGCAACCAUAUCUGGAUCACACUGGUUAGUGCAACUUAACCUCCGAUGGAACAAGGAUCUUAGCGGGACAGAGACAUAUGUACAUCACUUUUGCUCCAUUUUCUCUGUGCGGUGGAGAGAAUAAAAACAACAAAUCUGUCAGAUGGAGGCAGUGACACUGAAACUUCUCCUCAAACAUGAGCUCCUGGAGGAUGUGGCAUUGACCCAAGUGACAGCUUGGUUAACCAGACAUAUGUUAGCUCUCACAUGCCUACCAAUAUAACAUAUACUGUAUAUGUAAAGAUGUGAAAAUAUGUACAUUUGGUAAUCUCAAAAAGAUACCUGUUGGUGUUUUUUUGAGACAGUGUUGUAAUUAGAUACAUUGUAAGGAAGAGAAAAAAACACCAGGACGGUAUUUUAGGUUCACUAUUUCCAUGGCCUCGUCUAUAACUACAUAUCAAAGACUGUGCAAGUCACCAAACUCAGACCACUGAGGGAGGCAGUGGUCAUGUGCAUGGAUAUAAAGCACUAUCUCAUUAUACAGGGACUCACAUGUCUUUUAGAGGUAGAACAUAGACAGGAAGUCCUCUGUGGAGCUAACCAGUUGGUAUUCAUGUGAGACACAUUCACAAAAAAACUUUAUUUCAUGAAAUGGAACUUUUGAGGGACUGAAAUCAGUUGGCUUAGUAAGAACUCAUAAUAAUGCUCUGAGUUAUGUAAACCACCAUGCAGUCAUUGUGCAGAAUUAUACGAUGUGUUGUAUUCAUUUAAUGCUCAACAGAAAAUUUUUGUCCGGUCUAUAUUUCCCAUUUCUAUGCCUUUUACUGUGCUAAGUGUACCACAUCACUGUGGGAGAGGGGCAUCGGUGUGGGGAAGAGGAGGCCGAUGGUUAUGAGGUGGGGCAGAGUGCCUUACUCAAACUAAUGCAGAGCUGUUGCAGUUGUGAUUUGUUUUUGGAACUGAAUGCAAAACUGAAUUUAGUGACCAUGCACACAUAUCAGCAAACUGUUGAGUUGUGGAGCCUGCUUCUCUUCAGACUUAACACCAAGCUAUACAUAUAUACAGUUAUCUUGAUGCACUCUUAGCUGUAUAGCUGAACAGUGUCAAUGAUUGCCCUUGUCCCCGAGUGUUAAAAGGGGAUCAAAUGUAGCCUGUAGUAUUACAUCCUCUUCUUUGAGAAUCAUCCGGGAGAGUGAAGCUCUGAGCAUUUAUCAAGACAGGGUUAUUAUCAAAAUGGGUCAUGGCUUCUUUUGUGUUAGAUGAGUCUUAAGUCAGCUUUAUCUGUCCAUUCUGUAGAGAAAACAUGUUUUUAAGUUUGCAUUGUUGCAGGCAGUAACCAACACCCACCAAAUCUGAACCCAAGACUUUAGGUUAUGUGUUAAACAUAAACCCACUGAAACGUUUCAUUCACAAAGUUUUGUCAUGAAGUGAAGGCAUGCUGCUAUUAAACCAACAAACUAUCCUCCUGCAUUAUUCCAUUUUAAAGUAUUCAUUUCUCUGAAGAACACAUUUGCUCUCAUUAAAAAAUAAUCAUCAACCUUGCUUCUUGAGAUUUUAUGUUAUAGAGGACCAGACGAGUUUAAAAUACUGUAAUCGCAGUGCAUUGUGACAACUUGAAUGAAUGCAGCAUGAUGGCACAUCCAAACAGUACUUGUAAUCUGGUGUAGCGGUUUCCUGCUUUCUGCAAGGCAAUGCAUCUAUGGACUGGGACAUUAGAAAGACCUCUUGCAUCAUCAAGACUAAUCUUGACCCUCAGUAAUUUUUCAGUAAAUCAUGUGGUCCUGAUGCCUCUGAGCUCACUUGAAAAGUUGAAUACAGCUGUAGUUCAUGUUAGCGAGGAGCAUGACAACAUGCCGUUAGGCUGUAGAAAUGUGUUUCCUGUGCGUAAAAAUGUCAAAGUUCAGAAAAGGUAAAAGAUUAUGUCAUCCAGCCCUCUGUCUCCGUCCAGGCUGUCCCCCUGCCUGCUGUGAGUGAUUUUGUAUACAGAAACAAAAAACUGCUUUAUUGGAACCUGUGAAAGAUGGCACGUUCAUAAACCCCCAUUGAGAUCAAGUAUAACUGUGUAGUGCUAAUUGUGUACUAUUCACCUUGUACAGCUGUAUUCCUACAAAUAUGGUUUACUGUAUCAUUGAUACUGUAGUUUCAAAGACGUGAACAACUAUUUUUAUGAAAUGCGACAGUACUGAUAUAUUACAUUUUGCUAAAAAACAAAAAACUUGUUUACUGAAAGAUAUUCUGAAAUACUGUCAAAUAAACUCUUGACAUGGUGUAAAAUA